CAGAAAAUGUGGAAAACGGCAAAGAAAGUCCUGCCGCCGAUAAAUGCUCGUGAGAAGUCAGAAGAGAAGUUAGAAGAAAUAUUUGAUCUUAGCGCUGAGCAGAUAGCGGAGUACAGGGAGGCAUUCUCUGUGUACCAGGACAGUACCGACAGUACCGGUACUGUCACUGUGGACCGGCUGGGAAAAGUACUGGAAAGCGUCGGAGAGAAGUGUACUAAUGACGAGCUCACGGAUCUACUUGAGAGAGCCGACCUGCGCAUGUGCGAAAAGAUCGACUUCCGGGAAUUUCUCACCAUGAUGCAGAAAAGAAAGGAGGAGACAGACGCUUCUGACGUCAUCAGUGAAGCAUUUAUGCUAUUUGACACGAAUGGCGAUGGCUAUCUGGGUGCGGAGGAGUUACGUCAUGUGAUGACGUGUCUGGGUGAACAGCUGACAGACGAGGACGUGGAGAACAUGGUCCGAUUGGCCGACAUGGACGGGGAUGGAAAGAUCAAUUUCGCCGAAUUCGCUACCAUGAUGUCGUCAGAUCAGUAAAUAUACAAGCUCACAGCGUUUAAAACAAUGAAUGUCCACUAAAAUAAAACUUGUCAAGACAUACAAUGUAUU